UGUCUUGAUGAGCAAGAGAGAGUGAGUGUGGUGGAAGGAGGGAGGCAAAGGGAGGGGAGGGAGCGGGAGCGAGAGAGAGAGAGAGAGAGAGCGAGCGAGCGAUUGCCUCUUUGACCUUGACCAACUAGUGGCUACUUGGCGCGUCCUCGCAUGGGUGCACAACUUCGUCAGGUCUCUUUUGCCCAUUCGUCUCCCCCUAGCGAAUGAAUCUGAGUGUUACAUAGACAAAUAAAAACAGGGAUGAGCGCCAUGUCAGCUCGUCAAGCCGUGGAAUAGAAAGAGUCGCAUCCAGCGAGUCGGGAGACAUAUUCGUGCGGCUUGCUGGGUGUCCAGGAUGUCCGAGAGUGGAUGUCUGCAGCAGGGCUCCCCAGCGGUGGGAGCGGCGGGUUCUACUCCUGCCGCUCCCGGGGGAGCAGGUAUGGAAAACUCCUAUACCGCUUCGGGAUCUGCUCGGAUUGCCGUGAAGAAGGCACUGCUUCGCUCCGCUCCGCGACUAAAGAAACUGGAGAAACUCGGAGUGUAUUCUUCUUGCAAGGCUGAAGAAUCAUGUAAGUGUAAUGGCUGGAAGAGUCAGAACCCACCUCCAACUCCACCAAGAGUCGAUUUGCAACAGACAGUGGUUAGCCUAAACGAGCCCUGCCGCAGUUGUAGUCAUGAACUGGCUGAGCAUGUUUCUCACUUAGAAAAUGUGUCGGAAGAGGAGAUGAACAGACUUUUGGGCAUAGUUUUGGAUGUGGAACACUUGUUUACUUGCAUACAUAAAGAAGAAGAUGCUGACACUAAACAAGUUUAUUUCUGUCUCUUCAAACUUUUGAGAAAAUGUAUCUUGCAGAUGGGCAAACCUGUAGUUGAAGGUGCUUCAGAGAGCCCACCUUUUGAAAAACCCAGCAUUGAGCAAGGAGUAAACAAUUUUGUUCAAUACAAAUUCAACCAUCUUCCCUCCAAAGAAAGACAGACUAUUGUGGAACUGGCCAAGAUGUUUUUAAAUCAAAUCAAUUACUGGCAGCUUGAGACUCCAUCUCAAAGAAGACUCCGAUCACCCAAUGAUGAUGCUGAUGGAUAUAAAGUGAAUUAUACUAGGUGGUUGUGUUAUUGUAAUGUUCCCCAGUUCUGUGACAGUCUUCCUCGAUAUGAAGCAACGCAGGUGUUUGGGAGAGCACUUCUUAAAUCUAUCUUUACUGUAAUGCGAAGGCAGCUACUGGAACAGGCCAGACAAGAAAAAGACAAGCUUCCCCCGGAGAAACGAACAUUAAUCCUCACACAUUUUCCAAAAUUUCUUUCAAUGCUUGAGGAAGAAGUUUAUAGUCACAAUUCCCCAAUCUGGAAUGAAGAUUUUAUGACUUCAUCUAGUAGCCAGCUUGGUAUGCAAUCAGAUAUUUGUCAUUUUAUCAGUUCUCCUCCUGUGGCCAGGCAAUUUUCUUGCAGUUCCAGCCCAGCCACUAUGGAUUCAGCAAACUGUGAAGGCAUUAACUCAGUGUCUAAAGGUUCAAUUAUUUCCGAACCAACUCUAGGAGAAAAACGUAAAUCUAUGGAAACUGUGUCUGAAGAUAGUAAAAGAGCAAGAGUUUUAGGAGAUAUUCCUAUGGAAUUAAUUAAUGAAGUGAUGUCAACUAUAGAUCCAAGUACAAUGCUGGGGCCAGAGCCCAGUUUUUUGUCUGCACACUCUGCCAGAGAUGAAGCAGCAAGACUAGAAGAGCGAAGGGGAGUGAUUGAAUUUCAUGUUGUUGGAAAUUCUCUAAACCAAAAACCAAACAAAAAGAUCAUGAUAUGGCUUGUUGGGCUACAGAACGUUUUUUCUCAUCAGCUUCCCAGAAUGCCAAAGGAAUAUAUUACAAGACUUGUAUUUGACCCGAAACAUAAAACUCUUGCUCUUAUUAAAGAUGGCCGCGUGAUUGGAGGGAUUUGCUUCAGAAUGUUUCCUUCGCAAGGCUUCACUGAAAUUGUCUUCUGUGCUGUCACAUCAAAUGAGCAAGUAAAAGGAUAUGGAACUCAUCUUAUGAAUCACCUAAAGGAGCAUCAUAUCAAGCACAGUAUUCUUAAUUUCCUGACUUAUGCAGAUGAAUAUGCCAUCGGCUAUUUCAAAAAACAAGGCUUUUCCAAAGACAUUAAGGUACCAAAAGAAAAAUAUGUUGGCUAUAUUAAGGACUAUGAAGGUGCUACCUUAAUGGGUUGUGAACUGAAUCCAAGGAUACCCUAUACUGAAUUUUCUGUGAUCAUAAAGAAACAAAAAGAGAUAAUUAAGAAGUUGAUAGAAAGGAAACAAGCACAGAUUCGAAAAGUAUAUCCUGGGCUUUCCUGUUUUAAGGAAGGUGUUCAGCAAAUCCCCAUUGAAAGCAUUCCUGGCAUAAGGGAAACUGGAUGGAAACCUUUUGGAAGAGGGAAAGAGUUCAAGGACCCCGAUCAACUUUCUGCUGUCUUAAAAAGUAUUUUGCAGCAAGUAAAGAGCCAUCAAAAUGCAUGGCCUUUCAUGGAGCCAGUCAAAAAAACAGAAGCACCAGGGUACAGCGAUGUGAUACGCUUUCCCAUGGAUCUGAAGACAAUGAGUGAGCGUCUUAAAAAUCGGUAUUACACAACAAAGAAGCUCUUUAUGGCUGAUAUGCAGCGGAUCUUUACAAACUGCAGAGAAUACAAUCCCCCGGAAAGUGAAUAUUACAAGUGUGCAAACAUUCUGGAAAAGUAUUUUUAUACCAAAAUUAAAGAAACUGGUUUAAUAUAGAAACUAUACAAAUGUAGGGAAUGGUAAAAGCAAAUACUCUCAAAAAUUAUUUUUUGCAUUUGUCGUAUUUUUAGGUCUUGUCAGCUGUUUGAAAGCUUGCAUUCGAAUGUAUCUGAUGUUUCUUAGUCAGUUGGCUAGAGAAACACUGGGAUUUGCCAGUCUGCCAGACCGUGCCUGCUAGGAUAUGAUAUUACAAAAUAUUUUUGAUGCUGGUAGGACAAGUAAAGAUGGCUGCAUUUAUACACUGUGCACACAGCUGUGCUUGCAGAUAUAUUCUGUUAUUUUUGCUAUUUUUGCUUAUUCACCUAUAUACAUCCUGACUCCAACUAGAUUUUCUAUUUGCUAAUCCAGUUAAAUGCAGCUGCCCCUCAUUGUACUCUAGGGUUCGGGGCUUUAAAGCCUGCUAAACUGGUUCUAGUUGCCACAUCUGAAGCUGUUGCUUCAUAGUAUUGUGUCUGCUUAUUUAAACCUUUGCUGCCCUCUGCAGUUACAUUAUGCCUUUGGGCACACUAUUCCACCAAAAUACAAAAGAAUAUAUUUAUGUAGUUUUUGACCACAAAAAAUUAUAUACUACCUCAGGUCAGAAAUAAGUGAAAAUUCCAUAUACAAUACAAAUACAAAUUAGCUCAACAUGCUACCAGUUACUAUCUUGUAUUCAUCCAGUGCUGAUCAAUGCUGUGGUACAUAAUGGUACAUUAUGAGCCUGCAACCAUGCAGCUAACUCCUAAAUUGCACUGUUUAUAUUGUGAGCCACAUACAGUAUAACAAGGACAAGCAAUGAGAUACACAUGAAUGUUAAUAACCUAAGCUAACUGGAACUGAAACCAGAAAAAAGCAGAUAGCCUGGAUCCAGGUAUGUAACUCUAAAGUAGGUUUUACUUGUACAUUGAUUACAUGAAACAACUCAUAUUUACAUAUACUGUAACCCACAUGAAAUAGUAAAAUACAGCAGUACUAUUUUUUUUUCUUUUUAAUGCUUUAUGUAUUCUUGGUUUCCCCCCAAACACAUGCAUUCUCAUUUCUGCCAACUUCCAUACUGUUUUAAUUAUAGGUGUUUCCAAGUCAUGCUGAAAGUAUUACACUUGUGAGCCCACUUUGGAUUAAAACGUAUUAACAAAACAAAAACCAUCAGAAUACACAAAAUGCAAAAAGUGAAGCUUUCAGUAUAGUAUUAGGAGGUAUUUAUAGACUGUAAAUAGUUGGUGAAUGCAACAUGACCUUAAUUAGAUAUCAGGUCAGCACAAGUGUCCCAUACAGAAUAGGAACUAAUGAUCUCUAGAAACUUCACAGCUUAUUCCAGGAAUCUUAAAGAAAAAUGCAGUAGAAACAAAACACAUACAGUACCAGUCCUGUCAUAGUUUAUUGUGGUUUCUGAUUGGCAGUAGUCCUUUGUUAGUAUUGAUAUGAAAUUCAUGGCAAGUAUUCCUUAUCUGCCUGAACUCCUGAAUUGAUGAUCUGCUAUUUUUUCGUAGUAUUCAUGCUGUUGGCAUAUGUUAUAGGACAGACUGGAAAUAACAAGCCUUCCGGUGGGAAAUUUCACCUGAAUGCUCUUAAAAAUGGAAGCUUCCAACUAGAAAAUUAGAUUAAAUUAACACAACAUUUACCUUCUAUCUACUUUAUUAAUACAAAGUAAAAAAUAAUAAUUGGGCUAUUUUAUUUGGACAGACCAGGAAGGAAAUCAAGUGGCCUCACAUUUCUCCCAAAAUUAGACAGUCAGUCAGUCAGUCAUUCUCCAACCCACUAUAUCCUAACACAGGGUCACAGGGGUCUGCUGGAGCCAAUCCCAGCCAGCACAGAGCGCAAGGCAGGAACAAACCCAGGCAGGGUGCCAGCCCACUGCAGUUCUCCCAAAAUGUUUACUGUCAAUUUGCAAGAACACAGCAAAGUGGGAAGGUGAGAAAUUACAAAUGGCAGCACUGGAAAUUCACAUAGCAAGUGAACAAGAACUGCUAGUGCUGUGUUUCCACGUCACAGAACUUGGAAACUUCAUUCUGGGUUAAUAAUUCGUCUUUAGUAUGAGAUCCUUUCACAACAAAAUUGGUGCUCCCAAACUAUGGAUGAAUUUUUUGAGCAAGGUUAAAUAAAUGCACAAAUAAAUAAAAGUACUGUGAAAUGUGACAAUAAAUAAAUAAUAACAACUUGAAAUGGGAGUAUAAAUAAUUAAAUGUGUCAUGAAAUAAAUUUUUUAUUGUUAAUUUCUUUAUGCAUUUACUUCUUUAUUUGUUUAUUUCAGUCAAACAGACAGAGCAUGAAAUUGGCCCUGAAAUGAAAACUGACAUUUACACUUGUCAAAGUUGAGAGGGUGAGCUCUAGCAAGUACUGCUUUUUGAUUGGUGAAUUAUACACAGAGUUGACAAAUGUGGUUUGCAUGAUUUAGGAAUCAUGUGGCUUAUGCACAUGCUCAACGUUGUGACUUUGCACGUCAGAUACAAGUGCAAGAAAAAAAUGCCUAGAAUUACUGCAGGAAGCCACGUGAAUUUAAGGAACUCUGAAUUCGUCAUUAUUAGUUUGCAUCUGAAGUGCCUGCUGUAAAUGUGUCACUUGAUGGCCAAAGGUUUACAUCCACUUGGUGAUUCACCAAUCAAAAAAGUACUCACUAGAACCUUUGAAGUGAAAGGGACAGUUUUCAUUUUAGGCCUUAUUUCAUGUUCUGUGCAUCUCACAGAAAUAAUAAAUGAAACAAUUACAUAUUUGGAAAUAUCAACAAAAAUGUAUUUGAUGACACACUUAAUUAUUCAUAGUAUUUUUAUUUAUUUGCAUUUUUUAUUUAAUUUUGUCCAAAAUAUUCCUCCAUACCCAAGUUCCUAAAUAUUUUUGCGGAUAUUUGGAUAAUCUGAGAAUUAUAAAUGUUGACAUUCAGGGGUGAGCAACUAUUAUUUGUGAUAUGUCUAAUAAAUGAAUUAUAAAUAAUUGAAGGUACAUUUAGGGAUUGUGACGUAUAAAUCCAAAUUGCAAAGGGUAUGGGUAUGAAAAGAUAUUUCGAAAAACAAGUAAGAAAUGCAGCACACAGAUAGAUGUGCCAAGUUUAAUAAUCAUAUCCACAUAUAAAAGUUUAAAAAGCUCAAAAUAUUAGAAUUUUCUGCUACAUCCUGUAAUAUCAAUUUGUUAUAAAAGCCCAUCAAGAUGCCCUCCUUACACUUUAUCUUUAUUGUUAAAAGUGGAGCUUCUGUAGCUUUCUUUUUUCAGGUAUCAAUAAUGAAUUAAUCUGGACUGUCACAUAAUCCAGCCCAUAAUGAUAAAAGGAAACUUAAAAUGGACUCUUUGAUUCUAGCCAUUCUAAGUAAUUUUCCCAAGUGCUUUAAUUUUUGAGAUAUUAGUGAUUUUAUCACAAAUCCUGAGUACAUAAAUACCCACUAUAUGCAUAACAUGUACCAGAGUCAAAUUCUUACUUCCAUUCAUUUCUAUAGAAGUGAAGUUUCUUGUAUUUUUUACUUUUACAGUCACAAUGAUUUAAUCAGUACAAGUUCAAGCAGCAGAAGGCCUAAGCUGGUAUAAGAGAGGUUUGACACUAAGCCGUUGCUGUAUGCACAGCUCUGCAGGCAUUUCACUGUUUGCUUUCAGAAGUGACUGUCAGACGAGUAAAACAAAAAACUAUACAAAAUAUAGACAUGACCUCUCUUGAGGUAAAUUUGAAACGAAACCGUAAACUAAUCCGUAGUUGAAGUUCCACAAGAGGUUUCUCAGUUUUAAGACAGAUGAAUUUGAAAAUUCACCAAUGCUUUUCAAUGGGAAUUUUUGAAAUUAAAAAAAAAUAUUCAGGGAAUCACAAUAAAAAUUUAAUCUUUUAACAAAUUUCCUUGAAGAAUAAAUACACCAAAUUUCAACAAAAUUGGUCCACUAGAGGCAGAGUGCAUAAGGACUGACAGACAGACAGGCAUGAAAAUGACCGUUCCUGCUUUUCAUAUUAUAAUACUUAUAGCAAAAUCACUGCUUUCUUAAUGGAUAGCAUGUCAUUAUCGAGUACUAAUAAAUUAGGCACAAACCGCAAACAAGGAUAACAAUUUGGAGGAAGUAAGGCCUAGACAUGGCCUAUACAGUAUAUAACUUUGGGAUGAACAAAUGCAUGGAGGCAACAUCAAUAGAGAAUAAGUGGACCAAGAUUUGAAUCCAUGUAUCAGGAACAUAACUUAUUAAUUAUUUGUGAAAAGAAAAGCAUGGAGUCUGUGUUAAAAGUUCUCAGCACGUCAGUGACCUGAUUGAUAGUCAUUCAGUAAUGCAAAUGGAAAAUUACUUAACGACACCAACCAGCGCAUAAAAUAUUAGUCCAAAGAGGAUUUCCUAAGUUACAAUUAUAGGGCUCUCAAUGUCACAGUCUUAAAUAGCAAUUGUUAAUGUCUCAAAAAGUAAAGCAGAUAAAAAAUACUUUAUGGCACAAACAAAUAGGCCCGGGAUAGAAGUCCAUAAAUCACUUUGGAGUCUGGCUGACAUCACAUACUAUACUUAAAUGAGUAAUUUCUAAUUUUAUAAAGAGUUACUAGUUCAUAUUCUUUCGACAAAACAAGGCGGAACAUGUAAGGAAAGAGUCUUUUAUACAGAGUGUAGGGGCAAAUGUGCAGACCUCAAAUGGUAAAAACCUGCAUAAUAUAUUAACACCUGGUUUAAUUGUUCUAAAAAUUCAAACUACCGGUAAGUCAAAUUCAUUGAUUUUUUUAAACUAUAAUUCCUAAGGAAUGAUCAUGCAAAACAUUUAUGCUUUUUAUAGAAGACUAACCUUCAGCAUUUCAUGUACAACUACUUAAAUUAUUACUAAGGAAUUUACAAUACUAAAAUGAAUGUAUUAUGGAAUAACAAUAUAAAUGACAGUUGACUUUUGUCUUUUGCACAUGAAUUUUUAUUAUAAAUGACAUAUGAAGCUCUAGUGGAGUCAGCUCACUUGUAAUAUUUUAAAUCUUUAAAGAAACUUAACAUCAAGGGUGAUAUACCUUUUUGCAAUUUCACAUUUUGGUCAUAAACAAGUUACAUAAAGAAUACAAUAUCAGGAAUAAUUGACAAGUGUAAUUUUUUUUUAUUUACAAUGCACAAAGAUUAUAACAUAGACAAAAAGUUAAAGGAGUAUUAACAACAUAUAAAAAUGUAAGUAUAAAUAAACUUGUAUUUCUAAUGUACAGCACAGAAAAGCGUGACCAUUUUCCAUAGGUUAAAGUUGAGUUAAUUGGCAUGACGGAAAAUCUGUAGGACCCAAUCAGUCCGUAAAGGCCCAGUGGGUGAGGGUUGUUGUUUUAGCCAGUUCUUGAUGUUAACUAAAUACACCUUUGUUUUGUCAAUCUGGAAAUGCACAACAGGAUUGGUUUUAUUUUUAAAAGAACUGAACAACCAUGCCUAGACUAUAAUGAAUCCAAUUUUUAAGAACUGACUGUUCAGUUUCUUGUCAGAAGUCUUUCUUAAUCGGUUUCUAGCUAAUGAUCACAAAACCAGAAAGAACGCUGUAGUAGCUGCUGCUGUCAUUGGCAUCUAAUUGACGUUAUUUGAAAAAUCCUACCUUUACUUACCUUUUCUCACUCUCAUUUUGCAUUCAGUGCAGUGUGAAGUUUUAUUUAACUUUUUAAAAUAGAGCUUAAACUCUAAUUUGUAUCUAAUUAACAGAAAUAGCGAGGACACGGACACUAAAUACUAAAAGAGAAGCCGCCAUUUUCACCUGAAAAUAUUAGUAGGUAACAGUGACAUUUCAAAAUACUGUAAAUAACAUGAUACAUUCCUAUGAUCUGGAAAAUGUAAUCAUAUUUGUUAAAAUUCUGAUAAAAGGUAAAUAUCUAUUGUAAUGACACAGUAGAUGUCUAAUACAGUAAAUGAGAAAAGAGAUUGAAUUAAAAGCAGGACUUACUUAGAAGAAAAGUGACAUACAUACUAAAGAGGUGAACACUUGGCAGUCAUUUAAACAUCUGAAUAAGCAUAGUUUUUAUUCAUAUCUUAGUAAUUUUUGGGAAAUGCUGUAACACAUUAAAAUGUUCAUUAAGAAAAUCAACAUUUUAUCCAAAUGGUCUUAAAUACAGUAAGAUAAAUUAGGUUCUUUUAAUUUUGCUGUACAUUUUCAACUGAUUAAUUUGUUGUUUAAUACAGUAAAAAAACAAGUUGCCAAAUUUUGGAAGGUUCAUAAAGCUGUCUUUUGAGAAUAUCAAAACCGAUCAAUCUUGAUUAUUAUUAUUAUUAUUAUCGCCUGUCCACUUUCUAUCCAAAGCAGAGUGGCAUGCUCUGUUAUAUCAUGAAGACUGAUAUCUCAUUCAUUUUCUCUACCCACUUUUUGCCAUGCAAAGGAUUCAGAAUGCAGGAACAAACUGAAGACAGGGUGCCAGUCUAUUAGCUGACACACUCACUCGAACAGAUUUAAGGUUCUGAAUCAGCUUUAUAUGAUAACUUUUAAAUGGAAACUAUGGUGAUAAGUUAAUCGAUGCCAAAAUAGUAGAAAACUGUGAUGAAUAAUGGUUGAAAUUCAAAAUAAAAAACAGAGGGCACAAAGAGGUUCCACAUUUCACCAGGCUCUUUUGAUGUGUGGUUGUGUCUGCAUGAUCAGUAGAGCCUAAAUUAUUUUUCCAAAAAACAAAAUGCACUUUGUAGAUCCUUAGUAUGGACUUGUUUACCUUGCAGACUCCUAAAAAGUAACAAGCGCACCCCCGGUAAGGCAGACAGUGUAAAAAGUGCCACAGUAUUGUUGUAUAAAAUCGGAAUAAGCUAUAAAUGCAAAGAAUCGGAGCACCGGUGCUUUGGGUGCAACUGCUGUCUUGGCAGCAACUGCUCUUCUUGUUUUAUUUCUCUGUUCGCCAUGCAGUACAAAAAUUUACAAAAGCACUUAAGUAGGAAUUAUGCAAAUCUGAACAGAACUUAAAAUGUAAAUAUAAUUAUUUUCUGAGCAUUUCCUGCUUGUCGGAAAUAAAACAUGAUUGAUGCUAUUAUAAUUUUUCACUGGCAUUAUUUAAAGAAAAAUCCCCUUUAUUUAUGGUAUUUCUAUUUCAGGGGCUAUUAGUUUGGUACAGAGGCAAGGUCUUAAUUGUAUAAUGUCUGGUCAGUGUCUGCCUAAAGAUGUAUAGUAAGAACUUGUAUUUUGAUAAAGACUGUGCAAUAAUUAGUAGUUUUGUGAAUUUGUAUUUAAUAUUUAGGAAAAUAUGUAUUUUGUAAAAGUUGUAAAAAGUAAGAUCUUUAUACCUCCUAAAUGGUUUACAGAUUUUAUAGAAUGAUUUAAGUAGAAAAUAAAAAGAUCAAUGAAAUCUGA